CGAUACCCCACGAUCAAUACCUCGCAGCAUACAGCCAAAAUCUACAGCUUUAUUCUUAUUUCGCGACCACGAUGUCACCAUCCGUAAACUCCCCCGCACCAGCGGCAAGCGGCGCGCAGGGCAACGACACCUACCCCGAGCAGCGACACGCAGGUGCCACGGGCCUCGGGCCUGAGUAUGGAAAGGGCGUGACGACCGGCGACAAGUACGAGGGGCUGAAGGAGGAAGCGAAGGGCAAGAUCCUGCGCAAGCCCGAGCUCGCGGAGCACGGCCGCAAGCUGCGCACGGGCGAGCUCAAGGGCAUGCAGGAGGCGGAGAACAACACGAAUCCGUCUAACACGGCGGCGGAAACCGACAAGCAGCGUGCGCAGGGCCAGGCGCCAAAGAGUGACGAGAACCAGUUCACUGCGCAGCCGCCAGGCGUACCCGACACAUCUCACCCGACCGAGGCUGGCCGUAUGCGCCAGGCGGCGACUGUCGCACCUGAGGGCACGAGUGCAGCGACCAAGGAGUCCCAGGGCGAGCAUCGCACCCGCAGCAUCGGCUGAGCGUGGAGCAUCCAAGCAAGUAUCAGCGGGGUGCAACAUUGGAAUCGGGAGAGAGGAAGACGGCGUAUUAUGCCGUGUUGACGUCGACAACUUUAAUUUGAUGUAUAUGAUAGAAAUGUGCGUGCACCUUUUCAAUUUCAUUGUGGGCGCAGUCAAAUUCGA